CAAGAAUCGAUUUCACGUAAGCUCCCGCCGCCUCCUUCUACAGAAUGGAUUCGCAGAUCAAGCACGCCGUGGUGGUGAAGGUUAUGGGAAGAACUGGUUCUCGUGGACAGGUGACUCAGGUUAGAGUCAAGUUCACAGAUUCGGACCGUUUUAUCAUGAGGAAUGUGAAAGGACCAGUUAGAGAGGGAGACAUCCUUACUCUUCUCGAGUCCGAGAGAGAAGCCAGAAGACUCCGUUAAUUUCAUAUGCGAUCUCUAUGAAAGUGUUACCAAUUUUCACAUUUUGAUUUCAUAUGUUUCUUUACCUUCUGUUGUUUUUUGUCUAAGAAUGGAUUAUCAGUUAUGCUAAAUCAAUGUUUGGAUCCAGAAAUGCACCUUUUAAAUCGGUAUUAUUUGAAGUGGCAACAAUUAUUAUCUAUGGUAUAUG